AUGGCGGCCGAACUCGAACGAGCUGUGGCCCUCCGUACCACAAACAAGAAUAUGGCGAUUGAUAUACUAAAUAGUAUUGUAAAAAGAGACAUGGACACCAAUAGUGAUGAAGUACUCCGGAUAAAAGAGCAGGCCAUUCUUGAGCUUGGAUCUUUGUUAGCUGAAACUAAGCAAGCUGAAGAACUUGCGGGGUUGGUCAAAUUCACACGACCAUUCCUUGUCCUUGUAAGCAAAGCAAAGGCAGCGAAGUUAGUACGAGGACUGGUUGACUUGUUCCUGGACAUGGAAGCUGGAACAGGGAAGGAGGUUGAAUUAUGUAAAGAAUGUAUAAACUGGGCGAAAGAGGAGAAAAGAACUUUUCUACGACAGGCAUUGGAGUCUAGACUGAUAUCAUUGUACAUCGACACCAAAGCUUAUCAAGAGGCAUUACUUUUGGCAUCCCAGUUACUACGGGAGCUAAAGAAACUGGACGACAAAGCUUUAUUGGUGGAGGUCCAGUUGUUGGAGAGUCGAACGUAUCAUUCUCUGUCAAAUCUUCCAAAAGCCAGAGCUGCCUUGACAUCAGGAAGAACAACUGCCAAUGGAAUUUACUGUCCACCAAAGCUCCAGGCUGCCCUUGACAUGCAGUCAGGUAUACUACAUGCUGCCGAUGAGAAAGAUUUCAAAACUGCCUACUCCUAUUUCUAUGAAGCAUUUGAAGGUUAUGACUCUAUCGACAGUCCUAAAGCUGUUGUAGCUCUCAAAUACAUGCUGAUGUGCAAGAUCAUGCUGAACACGGCUGAUGAGGUGCAGGCCAUUGUUAGUGGAAAACUAGCACUAAAGUACAGUGGUCCAGAGGUCGAGGCAAUGAAGAGUAUAGCUACUGCCAGUCACAAACGCUCUCUUGCAGAGUUCCAGAAAACAUUGGGAACAUUCAAACCACAGCUGGAAGAUGAUCCAAUUGUAAAUGCUCAUCUGAAGACUCUUUAUGACAACCUCCUAGAACAGAAUCUCUGUAGAAUAAUAGAACCAUUCUCUAAAGUACAGGUUCAACAUGUUGCUAAUUUAAUCAAGUUACCGAUGGACACAAUAGAGAAGAAACUAUCACAAAUGAUCCUUGAUAAAAAAUUUCAUGGUAUUUUGGACCAAGGUGCAGGAGUACUAGUAGUGUUUGAUGAGACACCAGUGGACAAGACAUACGAGACGUCACUGGAAACGAUACAGAAUAUGGGCAAAGUGGUUGAUGCCCUGUAUAACAAGGCCAAGAAGCUCACUUAGUAGUGGACAUUGUUUUAGUGGGCAAUGUUUUAGUUUACUUUGUUUCUAUGACAUGUCCAACAUUCUGUGAAAUUUUACAGAUUCUUGUGUACUGCAUGGAUCUGUUCGGCUUCUGAAUUGUAUUUACUGACAUAGAAUCUGUACUGUGUUAGUGAAAGUUUAUCACAUUCUGAUAGAGAGUCAGCCAUAGAGGCAUUUAUCUGGGUCAACGGUCAUUUUUUUCAUUUGGCAGUAAUACGAGGAAAUUAAUUUGUUUUUAAAUUAAAUACACUGUAAAACCUACCUGCUUAGAAAUACUUAUAGAUGAACUAUUUUUGUGAUAUUGAUUCCACAUGAACUUGUCAGUGGAAAUGCCCUAUAUGUUUGUAUUGCACAAAAUAUUACUUUUGUAUAACAAUGAGUAAAACAUGGAUUAACAUCAAUUUUGAUAAAGAGGAUCCAGUGUUUCUUAAAUUAUUGAUUUCUGCAAAUAGUUGAUGCUGUAAUGUCUGUACAAAACCUCAUUCUAGAUGUGUAACACUAUACAGAUAUACAUUUCUGAUACCUAUACAGUGCUUCUAGUAAUGACAUUAUAGAUAAGGUAAAAUAUUUAUUUUAGGGGAUAAUUCCCUCACUUUUAUAUGUACUUAUAUAGUACUGGCCAUUUGGUGGCUUGUUCCUUAGAUGAUGGUUGAGGAAAAGAUGAAAUGGGACAAAAGAAGGGCUUUUCACAUUUUUAUAUAAGUGAAGAAUAUAGAAGUUUGCAUACUUUUGCCUUAAGCUAAUGAGUCCAAUGAAAAUUUGUUGGCAAAUUAAGAUAAAUUCUUUUGUGAAAAUUAAGUUUGUUUUACAGUACAUAUGUGUCUGCAGAUCUUUUCACCAAUAUCGCUCUUGCCCAUGAAAUCAAAUAUUUAACAAACAUUGAAUUUAAUUGUUUUAAAGCCAAGAUAUUAAGACUGUAGAUGAAUUAUACUUACAAAACAUUUUCAAUCUUUUCCAUCAAAAAGGACAUUAGGGCAUACUGAUGUCAGAAAAGUUUGUAGGAUAGAGAAAAGUUCGGCCUCAGUGUAAAUCAUUGAAGCUAAUGAAUUUUUUUCCAUCUGUGUACGAUUUUGAUUGAAUGUUCAAUGACUUUUAGGGGGAUGUAACAAAGAUAUAUGUUCUACAUGUCAAAUCCGCGUCAGCUUUUUAGGGACAUGUAACAAAGAUAUUCAUUCUACAUGUCAAAUCCGUGUCAGCUCUUUGCAAAUUUUCAUGAAAAGGAACUAUUUUCAGUGUAUGAGUGAGUCUGCAUGAAUGUGAAAUUAAAAUGAUUUGUCCUUUUGCAAGAGUUCAAGAAUUGAAAGUAUGUAUAAGUACUAGAUUGAAGUUUGAGUGCUAGACUGACUUUUUCAUGAAAAUGACUUUCACAUGUAUCAAUGUCAUUGAAUGUAAAAAAGGUUGACAAUAACAUUGACAUGUAUAGAAAAAUAAAAAUAUAGGAAUU